UGGAAAAACAAAAAUAAGGAACGUGCAACGACGGAGCAUAGACGAAGACUUAAUUAGGCGACUAUUAAACUACUUUUAUUUUCAAAGCAGGUCUGUUUUGAACAACCUCUUAUUUUUUUAAACCGUAUUUGGUUGUAGUGAAUUUUUACUGAUUUGAGAGAUUUGUAGUUUUAGCAGAGGUUUUGAAAAUAAUGAGUUUCGUGGACGUGAAGAAUAUGGAACCGACCACAUUUGAAGACCGCUACUACGACGAAUAUGAAUAUUACAAUCUUACUGACAAGUUCAGUGGUGGUGCUAGUCGUAAGGGGAGGACAAAGCGUGAAGCCAGCUGCAACACCAACAGACCUAACCCUGCAGGCCACGAGCGAAAGAUAACUGAAAAAUUGCAAAAUGCUGAAAAGAAGGCCAAGGAAUGAGGGAGGAACAAGAAGAGUAACCAUUGGACACUAACCCUGGCAACAGACCAUAGCCAUCUUGGUAAUGGAUGAACAGACUGAAGGACCAGCAUAUGGCAAGGCAGACCAGUCUGACAAGACAUUACAGGGGGGAACACUGAAACAAACCUUUUAAAAGCAUUUCAGGUUAAAAUGGGCUUACGAGUGACUGUGGGGUGAUGGAAGUUGGAACUAACCUGAUUGAGUGGUUUCCUGCUUGGAUUGUUGGUCAUCUGUCAGCCAGCCUUGUCAGUGUAAAAGCUUUGGAUUUAACUGUGGGAAAUUUGGAUGAAAUGUAUUUUAAUAUUUCAAUUAAAGGAAUGACCAAGCACUUGGUUUUAAACCUCAAA